AUGUCUCAACUCCAAACUUUACCAAAUCGUCCUGUCACUUCUAUAGAAAUCUCAGAAGAAAGUUCCACAAUCCGGGCAAAACUUCAUUUUGAAAAGCCUUAUGAAAAUGUGACAAGGGAAUAUUUGGAAUCAUACGAAUUUAAGGAAUUCCUGAAGGAUUUUCUUUUGAAUCAGGAAACUCCUCUGCGUCUUAUUAGGUUUGAACUGCAAAAUUUGAAAAUUUUAGAAGAAUCCUUAAAAUCUAGAACUUCAUUGCUCCAAGUCAGAAGAAUAUAUUUGGAUGUUUCGGAUACUUUUCAGCUGGCUCAAAUUUUCCAAUAUUUAAAUUCAUAUAUUCUUAAAAAAGUGAUUCUGAGAAUUGAUGAGAGAUUCGAUGUCGAGGGAUUCAAAAUUUUGGAAAACUGGAAAAGAAGUGGUUUAUUAAUUCUGGCUUUAAACAUUGAAACUAUAUCUUUGAAAAUUUUGGAAUCAGUUAACAAGCUUCUUUUUUAUUGGUCCACAUUCCGCCAAAUUGAUAUUUUCUACGAUAACUUUGAAUAUGAUCCAUGCAAAUUUUUUGAUGUCCCUUUUGAAAAAUUAUCUGAAAAUUCAAUCAGAAUCGAGUUAACCAUUGGGAAUCGAUUGAGACCAUCUCUAGUGAAACUAAAACUGACCAAUGAAAUAUCUUUGAAAGUUCUAGGAAAUCCGUUGGUCAUGGGGAGAGUUCUUAACCAUUUCAAAGUGUUUGAUAUUCAAAGUCUCCGAAAAACGUGUCAUGGAAUUAGAAGCUGUGUGGAUUUUUUGAAGCCGGACCCAGAAAUUGAAAAAUAUGCAAUUGACAUGAGAACGGAUAGAAACAGUUCUGCGAAUAUUGAACUUCAAGGGUAUCGAAAUUCCAAGUCUAUUCCAUAUAAGAAAACCGACGAAUCUCAAACUUUUAUCCCAAGAAUUUUAGCCGAUUUUGAAACAAAUUUGAAAUAUCAGAAGACGUGUUUGGAAGAUUUGAAAUUGUUUUUUAACGAUUCGACUGGAAGACAAAGCGAAACUCGUAAAUUCUUGGAUGGAUUCAAACUAAUUCUGAUGAGAAGACCAGAAUUUUUGAAAGUCAAAAAGUUGGAAUUGUAUAGUGUGAGAGCAGAAGACGUCAUGCAAAUUCUACCAUAUUCGGAUCCAAAAUCUCUGGAAAAUUUGGAAAUUAGCAAUCCAUAUUAUGGAACUUCGAGACUUUUUAUGCCGAAAUCUGUUCCAUUUGAUAUUGAGGAAAUUGCGAAAACUGAGCAAUGGAAAAAUUCAAAAGAAUUGUAUGUGAAAACAGACGAAAUUUCUACUCCAAUUCAUAAAAUGAAUUUAAAUAAUUUUUCAAAAAUCUUCAUGGUAUCAGUGGCUCGAAUCUGUUCUGAAGACAUUGCUUAUUUGAAAAAUAAUCUUCUUACUCCGAAACUUCGAAGAUUUAUAAUCUGUUUUAAAGAAUUUGUUGAAGAUCCACAACUCACUGCUUUACUCGGUCAACCACGGACUAUUACAAGACAUGAAAGAAGUUGGAAUUUUCCAAUUCCUGGAACAAAUGGAAAAAUGAUGAUAAUUGUUUUAAAUGAAAGGUUAUGUAUCGAAAAUCGUUGA